ACUCUCGACCACCAGAAGUCACCCAAAGUCCCUAGACUCCCAACGCCCACCCUUCAACUACCGACGGUUGUCCCUGAAAAUGGCUUCCGUAGUAUCCUUCAGUUCUGUUAGUCCCCACUUCCACUCCCAUCAUAGAGGUGUCACUUUCCGAUCACUGUCUCGACCAAAAAUCUGCAUUUUCAGGUGUAGUGAAAAAAACCAAACCCCAACAAGUAAUUCUACUUCAUCCAUCAAUCCAACUUCCGAAUCCGACAACGUGUUACUCAGGCUGGCCUGGUAUGGCUCCGAGCUACUUGGGAUUGCAGCAUCGUUUGUCCGUUCGCCGUCAAAUGCUGGAGCUCCCGGCACGGAUCUUGAGCUUGAGGAAGAUGGGCAGGGAGUGGUUGAUCGUACCCAGGUUGUCGAAACCAUUAAGGACGACUUCCAAAGAUCGUAUUUUGUUACAGGAAAUCUGACACUCGCUGCAUAUGAAGAGGACUGUGAAUUUGCUGAUCCAGCAGGUUCCUUCAGAGGGCUUCGCCGUUUCAAAAGGAACUGUUCUAAUUUUGGGUCCUUAAUUGAAAAGUCAAAUAUGAAACUUAUGAGGUGGGAAAAUUUUGAGGAUAAGGGAAUUGGACAUUGGCGUUUCAGUUGCAUCUUGUCGUUUCCAUGGAGGCCCAUUCUUUCAGCUACUGGAUAUACAGAAUAUUACUUCGACGAUCAAUCUGGAAGGGUGUGCAGGCAUGUAGAGCACUGGAAUGUUCCAAAAAUGACUCUACUGAAACAAAUACUAAAGCCUAGCCGGGGCCUUUGGAGUAAGAAGUCUGCAAAUUGAAGGGAUAGAAAGGCUCUCAUGAACUCAUGAAGAUUCAUGUUUAUUCAUCAGCUUUCAAUCAUUGAAAAAGUAAAGUGGUUGCCAGAAAGAAA